AUGGCCGCGGACGACUCGUACACGGCAGCUGACGAGCGCGCCCGUGCCGCCCGGAGGGCGGGCAUCCAGGCGAAGAAGGACGAACAGCCGGCGAACACGACGCGGAGUUACGCGGCGAAGCAGCGGGAGUGGAAGGCCUGGUGCCAUACGCCUCGGGCUGCAGCAGACGGCUCGCUCUAUAGCUGGCCCGACGGCGAGCUCGUAACGCCGGACAAGCUGGCGGCGUGGCUCAAAGAGGAUAUCCUGUUACGACGCGUUGUGCCGCCGCAGAAGAAGCCGCGCGCGCGGGAGCAGCUCGAGGCCGCGGCCAUGGCAGAGGCCGAAAGCCUGGCCGAAGCUUUGGAGGUCCCCCUGGCCGAGGCCGCCGAGCUGCUCGCUGACGACCGCGAGGGCUACGUGCCACCCACAGGCCUCGCGACGGCUGCAGUAGACCUUACCGAAGGACCGCGGAAGCGACGGGAUCCAGGCCGGCUACCUCACGAUGAAUGGCUUCGGAUCCAGGAUCUCCUUCUCACUGGCGCCGCGUAUACGCCGCAAAACCUCCGUACGCGAGUCGACCUCCUCUUCGGCCACUACUACCUCUUACGGGGGGAGAACCGGCGCAAGAUGGAGCUUGCAGACCUAUCCCUACUCGACUAUCCGCCUUCGGAGGGCCCGACCCCCUGUGGUUGCCUGGUAAGCCUUUUACGGGACGGCAAGCUAAAUAAGACGGCGAGGAAGGAGUUUAUGGGCGCGCUCCGGCACAAGGACCCCUUAUUCUGUACGCAAGGGGCCCUAGCACAGCUCUUCUUUUGGCGCUGGCACGUCGCCGGCGAACCCCCCCCGUCCUUCCGGCGCCGUCAGGACUGGUAUCGGAUCAAGGUCCUCGUCGGGCGGGACCGCGAGCAGGAGCUCUCGUACCCGACACAGCUACAAGAGACCUGGCGUAUCUUCGGCGCUGCCGGCCUUAUCGCGUCGAAGAAGACGCACCUCCCGCGCAGGGUGGGCGCCCAGGACGCGGAGACCCAUGGCACGUCGCUCGCCCAGAUCUCGCAGGCCGGCCGCUGGAACCAGAGCGUGCUCUGCCAGGCAUAUCUUACGCACCUACCGCGGCAGUUCAUGCGUAUCGUCGCCGGCUUCUCGGCCUCCCGGGGACUACUUCCUCGCGCGUGCGGCUCACGAACCCCGUACGUCUUACAAAAGCAGCUGUGGCCGUGGAUCGAGUGGGAACCCCGCUUUGAGCGCGCGCGCGCCGGCAAUGCUGGGCAGAAGGCGGUCUCGACGACGACGACCUAG